ACAUGUAUAUGGAGACCUAAAAAGGAGGGUAAGCAGGAAAAUAUUUCUGUAGAAUGGUUUGUUUCACAGAUAGAGAUUAGAUAUGGUCGCGAGGUAUUGGAAAAUCAACAGCUUAUAAAGAAGGAUUUAUCCGUCAAUGAAUAUUUAUAUAAAGUUCCCAAACCCAGUGAAUGGUUUAGUUACAUUAUAGUAGUACCUGAAGAGAUUUAUGAUAAUUGCGGAAAAAAAAUAUUACAGAAAAAAGGAGACUGUAUGGAAUAUCCAAAUGUGAUAAAAAGGUUUAACAAGAGAAUAAAUAUUGAUUAUUAUACUAAGAGUUUAUUUGCUCUUUGUGCCCAUUUUAUAAAUUAUAAUGAUAAAUACCAACCAUUAUCUGAAUCUCUGGCAAAAGCCUUGGAUCGUAAAAAGAAAUCAAAGGAGAAGAAAUCAAAAAAUGUUAAGGAUUUAUUGCAAAGCAAUGACUCUCUGAGUCUAAAUGAAGAUAAAAUAGCAAAUAUCAAAGAUAUAGAGUCGCAGAAAUUGGCUAAAAAAUGGCUCAAAAAUUAUAUCAAAGAUUUACGUAAUACCUCAAAAAAAGAUGAAGUCAUUAUCUCCCAUUUAUGA